GACACCGCUACAACGUGUUUUUAUCGCUGGCUGUCCAGACGGAAGGUGCUGAAACGCUUUGUCGCGUGUCUGGAAGAAGUGAAAACUUUCCUGGGCAGCAAAGGGCUCACCUUUCCUGAGCUGGAACAGCCAGAGUGGCUGGAAAAGCUACACUUCAUGGUAGGCAUGACAGCGCACCUGAACACGCUGAACACAGCUCUUCAGGGGAAAGGACGUACAGCCCUGCACAUGUUGGAGGAUGUUUUGGCAUUCGAGCGCAAGUUGACAGUGCUUGCCAGAGAUUUACAGAAAGGCACUUUGUCUCACUUCCCCAAUUUGAGAGAGUUCAAACAAGGUCACGACAUGAUAAUUUCGGAGUAUUUACAUUCUGCAAUCAUCGCAAUGCAAACAUCGUUUGGGAAACGCUUCUGUGAGUUCAGAGAGGAAAAAAACACAUUAUCCUUCCCGGUCACUCCCUUAAGCAUCGAUCCUUCCCUACUGAAUACGACUGCAUUGGCAGGUGUGAGUCAACCUGAUCUUGAGAUGGAACUGGCCGACAUAGCCGACAAAGACAUAUGGGUGUCCAAGUUUAGACGCUUGACAGCAGACCUUGAAGAUGUUGCCCGUCAGAAGGCCGUUCUUGCUCAGAAACACAAAUGGAGUGAUAUUGAAAACCUCACAGAUGACAGCUUGCGAUCCUGUGUAAAGAUGAAGGUGACAUCAUACAGCCCUGAUGUGCAGACGCUGUGCGCUGAGGUCCAGGAGCAGAAAUCCCAUUAACCAAGAUGACAGCUGGCUGACGUUAUUUUUGGUUUGCUGCUGGCGGAAAAUUUAAGUUCGGCGUUUUUCAUAAAUACAAGAAGGACUCAAAUAGACAUUGAAUAUUUUACUUAAAAGUAACUUUCAACCC